AUGCCAGCCCGCCCACAGGCCACAGGCCACAGGCCACACAGAGGCCAGCCGGACCCGCCAGGACCGAGCCCAAGGUGGGAGCUAGUACCAGAGAGGACUAGCCCGUACGACCCCACAGCAGUGACGAUCGUGCCUGCAGCUACGGAAGCUUUCGAUUUCGCCCGGGGUGGACUGACAGAAGGAACGCUUUGUCUCUUUAUAUUAUUCUUUGACGACGAGCACCCACCCACCGACCCACGAGCUAGCUACCUGUCCACCGAUCCGUCCUCAGAUGGACGGCGCGCCUCCAGCAUGAAGCUCCUUGUUCGCCCGACGACGCUCAACGCCCCUGCACCCCAGCUGCGUCCCUUUCUUGCUCGCAGGAGCUAUGCCACCCAGCAUGGACUCGGCACGACCACGACGUCUACCACCCGGCGGAGGACCGUGACGCCCUUCAACGACGACGGGCAAGUCCCGUGGCAUCAAUUGUCCGCUGGGGAGAAGACGGCAAGGGCAACCCAGCAAUCCUUCAACUUCGGCCUCAUUGUGACUGGCGUGGUGCUGACGGGCGGAGUCGGGUACUUCCUAUACCAAGACGUCUUCUCGCCCGACAGCAAGACCGCAUACUUCAACCGCGCCGUCGACCGCAUAAAGCAGGACCCUGCCUGCCUGUCACUGCUCGGGGAUGCGAAGAAGAUUACGGCGCACGGAGAGGAGACAUACAACAAAUGGCGGCGCGCGCGGCCCAUUGCGGCGACCCACAAGACCGAUGGCCAGGGAAACGAGCAUAUAAUGCUGCACUUCUACGUGGAAGGGCCCCUCAACCGGGGAACGGUCAACGUGCAUCUCACAAAGCGUGCUGGCGGCUCCGAGUUCCUCUACAAAUAUCUAUAUCUCGAUGUUCCCGGGCAUACACGCCUCUAUCUUGAAAACGCCGACACUAAAUCAUCAGGUGAUGGGUCUAAGAAGUACAGGCUUUUUGGCGUCAGCUGGAACUGA